UAUAGAUACUUGCUAUUAGCGUUUUGAUACCAGUAGAUCUUUAAUUCUUAAAGCAAAAACGUUGGUAAUCUUCUUUAAUGUAGACAUUGUAUUUCAGAAAGUGUAAAAAGCAUUUGGAUAUAAAUAUUCACUGUGAAACUUGGGUUUCAGAAUUAUAAAUUAGAUCAAAAAUGUGGUUCGACCAGCAAACAGUAAUCACCUUGAAGCAACCAGAUGGAUUAUUCAAAUCCGAAUUUGGGGAUAAUAUGAUUUUGGAAAAUUUUACCACGUCCUAUCUAACGGCACCGGGUGAUAAUUAUGGAAGUACAAUGUACAAAGUGGAGGCUACAAUUAAAAAUAAUAAAUUUUCAAAAUCUAAGAUGAUUCAUGCAGUAGCAAAGAUGGUACCUGCUGUCGAUUUCUUGCGGAAGUGCUUCGAAUCCGAGAGGACAUUUCCAAAAGAGAUUGCUAUGUAUAAGGAAGUGCUGCCUGCAUAUAGAAUCUUGCAACAGGAUGCUGGCGUACAAGAAGAUGACCUCUUUGAUGGGGCUCCAAAGUUUUAUGGAGCUAGACUCUCGUUACUCGGAGAUGAGAUGGUCGACGAAGAUGCGGCGAUUCUUCUUGAAAAUUUGUCAAUAGAUAAUUACAAAAUUGGCAACCGGAUCACUGGAAUGGAUUUGAGACAUGCUAAAUUAGUCAUACAAAAUUUAGCCAAAUUUCAUGGCUUGGGUAUAGCUUUAAAAUUAAAGAGACCUGAAUUCUUUGAGGAGAUGAGGAACGUCGGUGGUUCUGAACUGAUUAACACAACUUUGUUCAUGUAUGAAAAUAUUGAUUCGGUAUGUACAGAGUUGCUAGGUAUACCAAGCGUUAAACAAUAUACAUCUUCAGUUAGAACAACAAUGGAGAAGAGUGUCAAAGAAACGUAUGAUUUAAAUGAACCCUUUGGAACUUUUAUACACGAUGAUUUAUGGACCAAUAAUAUAAUGUUCUGUUAUAAUUCUAUGGGAGUACCUGAGAAAGUGAAAUUUGUGGACUUUCAAGUGUUCAGAUAUGCCAGUCCUAUCAGAGAUCUUGUGUUUUUUAUACUCUCCAGCGUGGUUGAGGAUGUUAUUCAAUCCCAUUUUGAUGAAUUGAUUGAUUUGUAUCAUCAGCAUUUAAUAAAUACCUUGGAAGAAGUCAAAUGCAAUAUCGAAAAUUAUACUAGGGAAAACUUUAAUUUGGAAUUGAGGAAAAAUGCUCCUAAUAAAUUAAUUGAUACUUUGUUUAUGUUUAAAGCGAUAACAAAAACCAAAAGUGAAAUUCAAAAUAGUGCAUUAGUCAGUCCAGAGGAAUUCUUAAAGCUACCAGGGAAUGAAAUAUUUAAAAAAAAAGUAGCAAACACUGUACUGUUUUAUCUUGCAAGAAAAUGGAUAUAAUAUAUCAAUUAAUUUUGUAUUUAUGCUCCUCGAUUCCUGUUAAGUAUUUUAGGGAUUUAUUCUGUAAUAAUAUUAUUAGCUUCUCAGGUUGGUGAAAGAAAUAUUGGGUGUAGCAAGUAUAUUUCUGUAAAUCUCAAUUUUUAUUUUAAUGACGAAUUAUUAUGAUAAAGAUGGUAAUAAUGUCAAAGUAGAUUAUGUUAA